AUGAAUUCCCGUCGGUACCCGAACAGGGCAAGCAACAGUGGUGGCCUCCCAAUCCCCUUCGAGAAUGGCAUCACGGAUGAAGCCAGACCAUCUUCCGGUGCACUAUGCCCAGAGGCAUCAGAUGCCCAACAGCAGCUCUAUCAGCUCCUUGCAUUUGCAGACAGGCGGGAACUACAGCUCUUGCACUUCUGGCUCUUCCUGGACAUCUGCCUGGCUGCCCUCCUGGGCAACGGCCUCACCAUCACCACCAUCGCCUGUGAUCACCACCUCCACACCCCCAUGUACUUCUUCCUCCUCAACCUCUCCCUCCUUGACCUGGGAUCCAUCUCCACCACUCUGCCAAAAGCCAUGGCCAAUUCCCUCUGGGACAACAUGGACAUCUCCUACAAGGGAUUUGCUGCUCAGAUCUUUUUUUUCGUCUUUUUUAUUAUAGGGGAGUUUCAUCUUCUCACCGUCGUGUCCUACGACCGCUACAUGGCCAUCUGCAAAACCCUGCACUACAGGACCCUCCUGGGCAGCAGAGCUUGUGUCCACAUGGCAGCAACUGCCUGGGUGAUGUCCUAUGUGGAGAUCUUCAGAGCUUUGCUGAGGAUCCCCUCUGAGCAAGGACGGCACAAAGCUUUUUCCAUGUGCCUCCCUCACCUGGCCGUGCUCUCCAUGUUUUAUCACCACGGUUAUGUUUCCUACCUGAAGCCCCCCUCCAUCUCCUCUCCAUCCCUGGACCUGGUGGUGUCAUUUCUGUACUCGGUGGUUCCUCCAGCAGUGAACCCCCUCAUCUACAGCAUGAGGAACCAGGAGCUCAAGG